ACCACCUCGAAACUUCAGAUGGUAGCAAGUUGGUCAGUACUGCUCAUAGUUUUAUUUAGUUCAAGUGUUUCUGACCGCGAAAUCGGCUGAUUGGAGAACGUUUCAUCUGAAGUGUUUCCUGCUGAAACUAUCGAAUGGCAUCAAAUGGAUAGCGUUGUGGAUGAUAUGAGCGUAUACACGGUAAGCCUCCAGGAUGGGUCACACAAAGUUUGCUUAUCGGAGCGGUCGUGGAGUUUUCGGUCGCGGUUUCCGGCGACGUGCCACGGUUGUCUUGGCCGCAUUAGUAUUCGUGGUCCUUGUGAACACCACCGCCGCGCUGAUCGCGUCCGACUUCAACGCACAUAGUGCCUGGAAGCUCGUGUGGACCAAUCGUGCCUUCAUGUUCCGAGAGUCCAAUGUUACAACCACCACAGUUUCCACGGUUAUUAGUACAGGCUUCGAUAUGCCGACAUUCAAUCUUCGGAACGUCAGAUUGGACCGGUCGGGGCACUAUCGAAUUUUCGAAGACGUCGUAGUAGCCGAGGACCAGGAGUCCACUUCGAGAUCCCAAGUGUGUUUGGCGACUCUCUCGUCGAUGGAUCGUCUCCUGGGUCUCAUGGAUAUCGCUCAGCACUGGGACGGACCUGUGUCGAUCGCGGUUUUCAUCCGGACCACCGAAGAGCUCCAGGCUCUCCGCCAAUUCAUUCGGAUACUCGGUAUCUGUUCGGAUGCGGUGCGUCUGAACUUCGCCUUCCACCUCGUCCUUCCGAUCAGCAAUCGGAGCCGGAUCGAUCUCCACGCAAAAGAUAUCGUGAGUCGAUCGAGCGAGUCGACCUCGUGCGCAGACCAGCUUAAAUCUCUUUUGCCGGCUCCCCCGCCUGUGCCCAUGAAAUCUCUGAAGAACGUCGAUCUCCUGAAGCUUCUGUUCCCUCAAAACCAUCUGCGAAACGUGGCCCGCGACGGAUGCGAAAGGAUGGGAUCGAGGUUCUUCUUCUUGACAGACAUCGAUAUCAUACCGAAACCAGCCCUAGCGUCCCAACUCAACGAGUUCCUGCAACCACGACAAGCCAGCAAAGAGAUAUUUGUGGUGCCCACGUACGAGAUGCAUGAUCAUGCCGAGAUGCCCCAGAGCAAAACAGACCUUCUAAAAAUGGUCUCUGUGGGCUAUGCGAGACCGUUCCAUAAAAUUGUGUUCAUACAUAACCAGUACGCCACCAACCACGAUCUGUGGGAGCGUAUUCCCAGAAAGAGUCCCGACAAGAUACACGUCGCAUAUAAAAUCAAUAACUACGAAUUUUUCUACGAGCCCUUCUACGUCGCCCCCUUCAGCGUUCCUCGUCACGAUGAACGCUUUGUGGGUUACGGCUUCACUCGAAACACACAGGUGUACGAGACUUACCGAGCGGGGUUCUCGUUUCAAGUCCUCGACGAGGCAUUCGCCGUUCACCGCGGCAUCCAGACUAGGAAGGGCCGGGGCUUCUGGCGCGAGAAACAAAACGUUCAGAAUAGAAGACAUUUCCUCCAAUUCAAAAAAGACAUGCAGACACGCUAUGGCACAGCCAAAGCGACCGUGUAGUCUCCUGAAGAUCGACGCAAGGUAUCAGUGAUGUUACUAUUGCGUAAACGUAUUCCUGAUAUGGGUGUGACGGUUAUUGUGAUGAGCGGGAGGACAUCCUGAAACGAUUGAUAAAGGAAAAGUGAGAUAGGAGGGAAGAACAGACAGCAGCGUGCUCCUC